UUAAAUCCUAUAUUAAAGGUUAUACAUAUUCAGAACACUCUUUAAACAUGGAUUUUUGUGUAUUCGAAAUAUUUUAUACUUUUGCAACACGAAUACAUUAGCGUAACAUUUGGCGCCAAUACUUUCGAAUGUCUGUCCAAUAAGAUGGAGGUGCAAAGAAACUUUCUAAGCCAGCUGGCAGAAAGGCAUAUGACAUACGAAAAUGAAAGAUCAGUCUUGAGUUGACGUCGAGGCAGUCGGCUGAUAGUAUUAGCGCGGUGUUUGAGUGUGUAGCGUGUGUAUAAUGUGAGUCUGUGUAGUACAAUUUUUCAAAUAUUACUUAUUGUUUGGCUGCUUAGGGUACACAAGACAGGUGUUGAAAAAAUAAUUUCUGUUUAUCAGACUUCAUUUUAUAGGGGAUCGUAAGUGAAGCUUGUUGAAGCAUUUUCAGUGUGUUCCGUGACGAUGAAGUUAGUUGUAAUUUCUGCCAUAGUACUUAUCGGGAGUGCAGUCUUUGCAGAAAUUGGUGAUUCAGCUACACGAAUCCCAAAUUUUCAAGACCUCCACUUCGGUAACCUACCAGGCAACUUCUCAGUUCCUGGUAAUCUCCCAGUGAAUAUCAGUAAUGUUCCAACAAUAGAGGAAGGACAGCGAAUAUUCGAAGAGAAAUGUAAGAAAAUGGGACAUCCAGAAGCUUAUGAGGCUGCUCAGGCUGCGAAAGAUGAUAUUCAAGAAUGUUUUAAGAGUAUUGUAAAUGUAACAGAGCUCCAAGCCGAGAUGGAGACGGCCAAACCUACUGGCGAUCUGGAUGUCGUCUUCCGCAAAUACUGCAGGAAAUCUCCACAGUUGAAGCAGUGUAUCACUAAUUUCACUGCCGUUGUUGAGCCAUGCCUUGAUGAGAAAGAGAAGGAGAACAAGCACCUAAUCCAGAACAUCACCGAUUCAAUACUUAAGUUUGUUUGUUUUAAAGAGGGUGACCGAAUUGCUCUGUUUAUUGCUGAGGGAGGUCCAGAGUGUCUUGAUACCAAUCAGGAAGCUAUCCGGGAUUGUGUCAACAAAACCAUCACUAAGAAUCUACCUACAGAGACUCUGUCAGUUGACAAUUUGCCAUCUCUGGAGUUUGGUGAAGAACAAUGCAGAGAUGUGGCAGAACUACAGGCUUGUGUUGUGAAAGUGCUGGAAACAUGUACUGAACCUACUCCUGCAAAUAUUGUUGACAGUAUGUUUAAUUUUGUGCGCAAAAUGACACCAUGUGCCAAGUUCAAGUCUGAUGAUAGCAAACGUGCAGGUUUCUUAGGUGGUGCAAGCAGUGCAACCACUAGUACAGUUACAGGAAUAACAAUCUUAGCAUCAAUAUUUCUUACUGCUGUUGCAAGAAAAGUACAGCAUUAGGUACAAAAGUAUCUUUUGUAAAGUAAUUAUGUGAAAGAUUGGACUUCAUUUAAGUACAUUUUCAAUAUAUAAAUUUAUAAUACUGACAGUGUUCUGUCAACAAUUCUAAAUAUCCAUGAGGUGCUGCUGUAUAUCUUGUUAAGGAGAUGAAGUUGGAUGCAAAAUGUGAUCAUAAUACAUCAAGUAAUCAGUUUCUUAUGUUAGUAUUUAUGAUGAUGUUCACACUUUACUUAAAUCUAAUAAAACAAGAAAAGUCUUAGAGGUGACAAGGAAAAGAUACCUCUGGGAUAGUAUGAAGUAUAGCUUCCUAGGGAAAUAGUUAAAAUAGUAUUGGCAUUUCUGCACAUUUGAUUGUAUUAAAUAUUUCUUUUCUAUCUGUACCUUCAACCAACUUCUGUCAGUGCUAUAUAAUUCACAAGGUAAUUGGUUUUGGUAUUAUAGACCCAUAUGAUUGGUUUUAUACCAUAAUAGUGUCCUUUAGUCCAUACCUGCAUCACACAAAAACGUCAUUUACAUUAGUCUCAUGUUCCUUUUUUAAUGCUAGGGAUAGGUGGUAAGGGUUUUGGAUAUUAGAGCAUGUGUUGGGUUGAUGGUUUUGGAAACAUUACAUCAUUCAUCUGCUACAGAAUUCAGGCCAUCAAAAAUUUCCAAUGUUGUAUACAAGAAUACGUGUUUCUGUUAAUAAGGGACAUGCAAUAAGCAAUAAGCUCCACGAGAACAUGAUGCCUUAUUUAUGUAUCUAUUAAUUUACAGUCUGCUAUUUUAACAUAAUAGUGUUUGUUCUAUAUUUGUUUUACGUUUAUAUUUUCGUAGUGCUUGUCACCUUUGCAUGCCAUUAUUUUUAUUUCCCUCAACUUUAUAUAACAUAUUCUCUUUAUUUUUGGCAUUUAUGUUCCUGAACAAAGACAAUGGUGGAAAGUAUUAGAAAUAAUGUAGCUCAUAGUUUGAUUGUAACCACUGUCAAAACAUAAGAGCUCUCUACUUUCAGACUGAAAGAAGAAAGCUAUUUCAUCUGAAUAAGUAUAUUUCAAGUUGAAAUUGCUAUUUUAUGUGAGGAAUAAUUUGCAAAAUUAUUUUGUCACAUGAAAAUUAUGUUGUUCUGGGAUGUGACACCAUGUAAUAUGGUAGAACAUUACCACUGUUUCAGAGGAAUAUGCUGACUCCAUCUUAAUACCUGACAAAAUUAUAGGUGUCAUGUUCCAGUAAACCAUAAUCUUCAUAUUCAUUGUUACAAGAACCUCAGAUCAUACAGGCAUUUUGGUCAUAACACAACUGUUAACUUGCUGUUUUUUUUUUGGGGGGGGGAUUAAUCUGAAUACAGUUGGAUAAUUAAUGAAAAUUUUAGUUACUUCUACAGUCUAUAUACUGGUCAUAAUAAUAUACUGCAGCAUCCUGUUGCACAUCACUGAUUCAACUGUCUCAUUUGCAACAUGUCUUACUAAAAUUUAUUUAAAAGUUUCUCCACAUCACACUACAUGUUUCAACUGACAUUUGUCAUCAUCAGGCAUUUAAAAUUGUUGAUAAAAACUGCUGUACUUCUGUUUUGUAGUUUCAGUAUUUGAUAUGUGAUGGGUAAUUAUACCAAUUGUGGUGUGUGUCUUUAUUGCAAGUACACUCAUAAUAAAGGCACAACACAACAGGAAGAACUACCCAUCACUGUGGGAUACACAAGUACAUAGAUGGGGCCAUGUAUCAACUGCUAAAACUACAAAACAGAAGCACAGUAGUUUUCAUCAACAAUUUUUAAACGUCCAAUGACGACUGAUGUUGGUUGAAACAUGUAGUGAUAUGGAGAAACUUUUAAAUAAGUUUUAGAAUGACGUGUUGCACAUAAGACAGUUAACUGGUGACUUGAAUAACUAUAUAUUUGUACUAUAACUUAUCAGAGUUAAAAAGGGAAUUGUAUUCAUUGUAAAGAUAAUGCUUUUAACUCUAAUAUUUCAGUUGUAUACAUAAUGUAAAUGUAAAAAGUAAUGCAUAUUUUUGUGUCCUAAGAAACAUCUGGAAAAGUUUUAACUUUAUUCAUUCUGGUCUGUCACACUAGUUAAUUAUUAUAAAAUGAAUUGACAGCACCAUCCAAUGUGACUCAAUAUAUAUUUAUGUAGUACCUUUACAUGUUUUGGCCUUCUGAAAAUGGUCACAACUGACUGAAACAUGUAAAGGCGCUAUAUAAAUAUAUACUGAGACACUGGAUAGUGUUGUCAAUUCAUUUUAUAAUAAACAUCUGGAAAAUCAUAACAGUUUUCCUUGAAACAGUUACAAAUCACAAAUGGAAAGUCUGCUAGAAAAUUAUGAUCUUAAUUUAAGCAAGAGCCCCAUGACAUUCCAUACUCUAAUCAUAUUAUAUUAAUAUAUAACAGGGAAUAAAUGACCAUCUGUAUAUUAUGUACCAGUUCAUAUUUUUCCAUUGUUGCUUACAUCCAAAACAUUGCGUGGCAGCUAAGACUGAUGACCAUAUGUAUUUAUGUUAUCAUAAAAUUAUAUAAAAUUGUAUACUACAUAGCUUAUGGAGUCUGAAGGAUAAAGUAUUGAAUACAAAUUAGAAGAAAACUUUCCAUUUGGCAUUAUAUAAGUCUUGUAUCAUACUUUGAUUUGCUUCAUGUUGCUUUUUCACUUCUCAGGCAUUUUCAGUGGUCAUGUUAUGACUGACUUUGUGUUAUUAGCAUGAGAAGCAGUAAAUUAAAUAUGAAACGUUAUAUA